UGGUCGUAAAUGAGACCAGUCGUCCUCUGAGCUGAGUUUUUAGUCGCCCUUCAACAGAAAGAGUGUGCUUUUCUUUGCAAUAACAGACACCAGCCCGACGUUAAACCAUGGCAGGGACAAUUGCACGGAAAGCUAUUGAUCACCUGAAGAGCAAAGACUUCAGGGAUUAUUUGACAAGGUAUCAUUUCUGGGGUCCUAUAGCAAACUGGGGUCUUCCCAUAGCCGCCAUCGCAGAUAUGAAGAAGAGCCCUGAGAUUAUCAGUGGCAGGAUGACCUUCGCUCUGUCCUGCUAUUCACUGCUCUUCAUGAGGUUCGCCUACAAGGUACAGCCACGCAACUGGCUACUGUUCGCUUGCCAUUUGACAAAUGAGACGGCACAGCUGAUUCAGGGAAGUCGUCUCAUGAAAUACAACAUGGAGAAGAAGAAGGCGGGAUCUUAGUGGCGCAGAUGCACAACGUUCACUUCAGAGUGGCACCCUGCUGCUUCAACAGCAACGUAAACCUGGACAUCAAAACUAACACAACCAAACAUCUUAUCUAAUAAUUUAAACUGUGGCACUUGCAGAAUUUUUAACCUAAUGUUACCCUGAUUGAUCACCGUCAUGAAUUUUUAGUCACUUUUACUACACAGACAUAAAAAGGCAGAAGCUUUUCCUCCAAUAAUUUAGGUCAACCGCUGUGUUUUUGUGGGGGAUUUUUGCAACAGUCAAUUUGAACGCACAUUGACACACAAAAAUAAGCUGUGGGUGAAUGUACACUUAGCUAACUAGCCUGACAGUCAGCUUGCUUGCACACUGGCUGUUGCACAUUUAUAAACUAGGCUAAAACAAUCCUUAGUCAUCAAUCAUCUCGUUUUAGGUCAUCAGCGUAAUUCUUUGUAAUUCUUUCUUUCCGGCUUAUUUCAAAGUGAAUUUAGCCUGAAGUCAGUUUGUGCAAAUGUUUCCACACCAUAGCAGAUUAUCACUUGCUAAGCAUUGCCUUUCAUCUGUUCACCUUUACUUAUAAAGGGAGGACUAUUGUGCCCUGGAUCGAAAUGUUGUACUGUACAAUGAAAACGGUGUGUCUAAAGGAUCAAUUUUGGCCUGGUUUUAUUAAGGUAUAAUAAACAAGACAAGCUGCUUCUGUCAGUGCUGACCAAACAUGUACUGUGUGUUGUUAUCAUAUGUAGUUCACAUUAAUUUAUUGCCAUUGUGUAAUUCACAUUAUUUUUCCCUGAAUAAUGAUUUGAUUAUCUGGGUUUGUUCAAAUAAACUGGCGAUAACAAA